GGAGGAGGCAGAAAGGAAGCAGCGUUUGACCGAGAGUAACCCCAGCUGCCUGGCUCUAUAUAAGGGACUCUGGGGGCAACAAGGAGGGCCUGGGCUUUUUGGCUGGAUCUCCAUCUAAAGGACAGACGGAGGGUGAUUUUGGGGGACCCCACUCUUGGUCUCCCCCCCUGCUACCCCUAGAGCUAUCCCUGGGAUUUACUCAAAGGCUGCUCCCCAUCAAACUGGAGAGGAGUUGAUGACCAGCCACAGUAGCUCUGCUGUGUGCUGUUGCCAUCCAGGGUGUUGGUGUAUACAGAAGGAAGAUGGCCUUCUGGACACAACUGGGCUUGUUGCUAUGGAAGAACUUCACUUUUAGGAGACGGCAAACGUUCCAGCUGCUGAUUGAAAUUGCUUGGCCUUUGUUUCUCUUCUUCAUAUUGAUCUCUGUGCGCCUCUCCUAUCCGCCCUACGAACAACAUGAAUGUCAUUUCCCAAACAAGGCCAUGCCUUCAGCUGGAACGUUGCCCUGGGUACAAGGAAUCAUCUGCAAUGCCAACAAUCCUUGCUUCCGCUACCCAACACCUGGAGAGUCACCAGGCAUUGUGGGAAAUUUUAACAAGUCCAUUGUUUAUCGGUUGUUCUCGGAUGCGAAGCGCUUGCUCUUAUACAGCCAAAGAGACACCAGCGUCAAGGAUGCACAGAAAGUUGUGGAGAAAAUUCAAAAAAUUGGGAAAUCUGUUACAGGGUUGAAAAUCCGGGAUUUCUUGGUUGCCAAUGAGACCUUCUCUAGCUUCCUCUAUCACAACGCUUCCCUACCACAGUUUGUUGUAGACGAAAUCCUGAAUGCUGAGGUCAACUUGCCACAGGUCAUCAAGUCUGGCUAUCGGCUGAGCAUGAAAGACCUUUGCAACUCAACCAAGCUGUCAGAGUUUGUUGUCAUCCAAAACCCAUGGAUUGAUGUGCUCAGUAAUGCUGUGGUUUGCUCCUUGCCUAAAGAAAAAUUGGCCUCAGCAGAGAGAGUGUUUCAGGAUAAUUUGGAUAUCAUGAAGCCAGUUCUGAAAGGGAUCACCUCCAACUCAACCCUGCAAGAUUUUAAGGGAACAGUGGAGACGUUGAUGGGGAGCCUCGGAAAUCUUCUUAGAGAGCUAGUGAGCAUGAAAAGCUUGAGUGACAUGAGACAGGAGGUAAAGUUCCUGACCAAUGUGAAUGCCACCAGUUCUUCUACCGAAAUUUACCAGGCAGUGUCCCGAAUUGUGUGCGGCCAUCCUGAGGGAGGGGGCUUGCAGAUCAAGUCUCUCAACUGGUAUGAAGACCACAAUUACAAAGCUCUCUUUGGAACCAACAGUACUGAAGAUGAUGCAGCUGAUUUCUAUGAUAAUUCUACCACACCCUACUGCAAUGACCUAAUGAAGAAACUGGAAUCCAGCCCACUUUCCAAGAUUAUAUGGAGGGCUCUGAAACCUUUGCUUGUUGGCAAGGUCUUGUAUACCCCGGACACACCAGCAACAAGAGCAGUCAUGUCUGAGGUAAACAAGACAUUCCAGGAGCUUGGUGUCUUCCGUGAUCUUGGAGGGAUGUGGGAAGAGAUAAGACCAAAGAUAAAAGCGUUCAUGGAGAAAAGCCAGGAAAUGGAUCUGGUCCGGACAUUACUGCAGAAUAAGCUGUAUUGGAGCCACCACCUGAUAGGCUCAAGCUGGACUGUUGAAGAUGUCGCCUUGUUUUUGGCAAAGAAUCCAGAGGAUGUUAAGCCUGUGAAUGGCUCUACCUACACCUGGCGGGAUGCUUUCAAUGAAACUGACUAUGCUAUUAUGACUAUAUCUCGCUUCAUGGAAUGUGUGAACUUAGACAAGCUGGAAGCUGUACCCAGUGAGGUGCGCCUGAUCAAUAAGUCCAUGGAACUGCUAGACCAGAGAAGGUUUUGGGCAGGCAUUGUCUUUCCUGAAAUUGCUCCUAGCAGUGUGAAGUUGCCCCAGCAUGUCAAGUACAAGAUACGGAUGGACAUAGACAGUGUGGAAAGGACAAACAAAAUUAAGGAUGGGUACUGGGACCCAGGUCCUCGAGCUGAUCCUUUUGAUGACAUGCGUUACAUCUGGGGAGGCUUUGCUUACUUGCAGGAUGUGAUAGAGCAGGCAAUUAUCCGCACUCUGACAGGCUCUGAGAAGAAAACAGGCGUCUAUGUUCAGCAGAUGCCCUAUCCUUGUUAUGUGGAUGACAUAUAUCUACGUGUCACAAGUCGGUCCAUGCCUCUUUUCAUGACACUGGCUUGGAUCUAUUCUGUGGCAGUAAUUAUCAAAGGGAUUGUUUAUGAGAAGGAAGCCCGGCUGAAAGAGACAAUGAGAAUCAUGGGCCUGGACAAUGGCAUUCUCUGGCUGAGCUGGUUCAUUAGCAGCUUCAUCCCCCUCCUCAUGAGUGCAGGGCUCUUGACAGUGAUCCUCAAGAAAGGAAACUUGCUGCCCUACAGUGACCCCAGCGUGGUGUUUGUCUUCCUGUCUAUCUUUGGUAUAGUGACCAUCAUGCAAUGCUUCCUCAUCAGCACCUUCUUUUCAAGGGCCAAUUUGGCAGCAGCUUGUGGGGGCAUCAUCUACUUUACAUUCUACUUGCCUUUUGUGUUAUGUGUUGCCUGGCAGGACUACAUCAGCUUCUCUCUUAAAAUAUUUGCCAGCCUGCUUUCUCCUGUGGCCUUUGGGUAUGGUUGCGAGUAUGUUUCCCUUCUUGAAGAGCAAGGGAUUGGGGUGCAAUGGGACAAUGUGUUUGAAAGCCCCAAGGAAGAUGACAGCUUCAACCUGACCACUUCUGUAUCUAUGAUGCUGUUUGAUAGUUUACUGUAUGGGAUUAUGACUUGGUAUAUCGAAGCUGUCUUUCCAGGGCAGUUUGGCAUUCCAAGACCCUGGUACUUCCCCUUUAUGAAGUCCUACUGGUGUGGUGAAGAAUCUGAAGAACACCAACUCCCUUCUCUCUCUGCAGGAUCUUCUGAAAUCUGUAUGGAAGAAGAGCCAAGUCACCUUCACCUUGGGGUGUCCAUUCAGAAGUUGGUGAAAGUCUACCGAGACUGCAAGAAGCUGGCUGUAGAUGGCCUGACACUGAAUUUCUAUGAAGGGCAGAUUACCUCCUUCUUGGGACACAAUGGAGCUGGAAAAACUACUACAAUGUCCAUCUUGACAGGAUUAUUUCCCCCAACUUCGGGCACAGCCUUCAUCCUGGGCAAAGACAUCCGUACCGAACUGAACACUAUCCGGCAGAAUCUGGGUGUUUGCCCCCAGCACAAUGUUUUGUUUGAUGAGUUGACGGUAGAAGAGCACAUUUGGUUUUAUGCACGCCUCAAGGGGCUGUCGGAAAACUUAGUGAAAAAGGAAAUGGCACAGAUGGCCACUGAUGUUGGCUUGCCUCAUAAACUCAAAUCGAAAACAAGUAAACUUUCUGGUGGUAUGCAGAGAAAGCUUUCGGUAGCUCUGGCCUUUGUGGGUGGCUCUAAAGUUGUCAUUUUGGAUGAGCCAACUGCUGGUGUUGAUCCAUAUUCUCGCAGAGGGAUCUGGGAACUUCUUUUAAAAUAUCGCCAAGGCCGCACAAUCAUUCUGUCCACGCACCACAUGGAUGAGGCAGACAUCCUUGGAGACCGAAUUGCCAUCAUCUCUCAUGGUAAACUCUGCUGUGUUGGCUCUUCUCUGUUCCUGAAGAACCAGCUGGGGACAGGCUACUACCUGACCUUAGUCAAGAAGGAUGUGGAUUCCUCUUUGAGUUCCUGCAGAAACAGCAGCAGCACCGUCUCUUACCUGAAAAAGGAUGACAGUGUCUCUCAGAGUAGCUCUGAUGCUGGGCUUGGCAGCGACCAUGAAAGUGACACUCUGACAAUAGAUGUGUCUGCUAUUUCCAAUCUCAUUAUGAAGCACGUUCCUGAAGCGAGGUUGGUAGAGGACAUCGGCCAUGAAUUAACUUAUGUUUUGCCAUAUGAAGCAGCUAGAGAGGGAGCUUUUGUAGAACUCUUUCAUGAGAUUGAUGACCGGCUUUCUGACCUGGGGAUUUCCAGCUAUGGCAUUUCUGAAACUACUCUGGAGGAGAUAUUUCUGAAAGUGGCAGAAGAUAAUGGUGUAGAUGCAGAGACCUCAGAUGGCACAUUACCUGCCAGAAGAAGUCGUGUCUUUGGAGACAGGCAGAGCUGCCUUCGUCCUUUCACAGAAGAUGAUGCUUUCGACCCUAAUGAUUCCGACAUAGAUCCAGAAUCCCGAGAGACUGACCUGCUGAGCGGGAUAGAUGGCAAAGGAUCCACCCAAGUGAAGGGCUGGAAGUUGACCCAGCAGCAGUUUGUAGCCCUGCUCUGGAAGAGACUGCUUAUUGCCAGGCGCAGCAGAAAAGGUUUUUUUUGUCAGAUUGUUCUCCCAGCCGUCUUUGUUUGCAUCGCUCUCCUGUUCAGUUUGAUUGUGCCUCCCUUUGGGAAAUAUCCGAGCUUGGAAUUGCAGCCAUGGAUGUAUGAUGAACAAUACACAUUUUUCAGCAACGAUGCUCCAGAAGACACAGGAACUGAGACACUUUUGAAUGCUCUCCUUGACAAACCUGGCUUUGGAACCCGAUGCAUGAAAGACUACUCUAUUCUAGAUACUCCUUGCUCUGUGGGGGAAGAGGACUGGAGCACUGCUCCUGUUCCUGAAACGGUCAUAGAAAUCUUGGAAAAUGGCAACUGGACUAUGGAGAACCCCUCUCCAUCUUGUGUAUGUAGCAGUGACACGAUCAAGAAGAUGCUCCCCAUGUGCCCUGCAGGGGCUGGUGGCCUGCCUCCUCCACAGAGAGUGCAGAACACCACUGACAUCCUCCAGAACCUGACUGGACGCAACAUCUCUGAUUACCUUGUAAAGACUUAUGCUCAGAUCAUUGGGAAAAGCCUAAAGAACAAGAUAUGGGUGAAUGAGUUCAGGUAUGGUGGUUUUUCCUUGGGAGCCAGCAGCUCCCUUGUCCUUCCUCGACGUGAAGAGGUGAAUGAUGCCAUCAGGCAGGUGAAGAAAAUCUUGGAGAUCACCAAGGGCAGCUCUGCAGAACGCUUUCUUAACAGCCUAGCAAACUUCAUGAAGGGCAUGGACACAAAAGAUAAUGUGAAGGUGUGGUUCAACAACAAAGGCUGGCAUGCUGUGGGUGCCUUCCUCAAUGUGAUCAACAAUGCCAUUCUCCGUGCCAACCUGCAAGAAGGAGAGAAUCCCAGCGCCUAUGGCAUCACAGCUUACAACCAUCCGCUCAAUCUCACUAAGCAGCAGCUCUCCGAAGUUGCCUUGAUGACUACCUCGGUGGAUGUUUUGGUCUCCAUCUGCGUCAUCUUUGCCAUGUCCUUCGUUCCAGCCAGCUUUGUUGUUUUCUUGAUCCAAGAGCGAGUCAGCAAGGCCAAGCACCUGCAGUUUAUCAGUGGCGUGAAGCCAGUUAUCUACUGGCUGGCUAACUUUGUAUGGGAUAUGUGCAACUAUGUUGUGCCAGCCACUUUGGUCAUCAUCAUCUUCAUCUGCUUCCAACAGAAAUCUUAUGUGUCCUCAACCAAUCUUCCAGUGUUGGCUCUUCUCCUCUUACUCUAUGGGUGGUCCAUAACUCCUCUCAUGUACCCAGCAUCCUUCAUCUUCAAGAUCCCCAGUACAGCAUACGUGGUUCUGACCAGCGUAAACCUCUUCAUUGGUAUCAACGGGAGCGUGGCCACUUUUGUCCUUGAACUUUUCACCAAUAAUAAGCUGAACAACAUCAAUGACAUCCUGAAGUCAGUGUUCCUUAUUUUCCCUCACUUCUGCCUGGGUCGUGGCCUAAUUGACAUGGUGAAAAAUCAGGCUAUGGCAGAUGCCCUGGAAAGGUUUGGUGAGAAUCGCUUUGUCUCUCCUCUCUCCUGGGAUCUUGUGGGGCGAAACCUUUUUGCUAUGGCAGUGGAAGGUGCUGUCUUCUUCCUCAUCACAGUGCUCAUCCAAUACAGGUUCUUUAUCAAACCCAGGCCUGUCUAUGCAAAGCUUCCACCUGUGAAUGAAGAGGAUGAGGAUGUGAACAGAGAAAGGCAAAGGAUCAUUGGUGGUGGUGGGCAAAGCGAUAUCUUAGAAAUUAAAGAACUAACCAAGAUAUACAGAAUGAAACGAAAGCCAGCUGUAGAUAGGAUCUGUGUUGGAAUUCCACCUGGAGAGUGCUUUGGUCUUCUGGGUGUGAAUGGGGCUGGCAAAUCCUCCACCUUUAAGAUGUUGACUGGAGACACUGAUGUUACUGGAGGAGAUGCUUUCCUGAAGGGAAACAGUAUUUUAUCUAACAUCCAAGAUGUCCAUCAAAAUAUGGGAUAUUGUCCACAAUUUGAUGCCAUUAAUGAGCUGCUAACAGGAAGGGAGCACCUGGAAUUCUUUGCACUCUUAAGAGGGGUUCCAGCAAAAGAAGUCUGCAAGGUUGGUGAAUGGGCUGUUCGUAAACUGGGCCUCGUAAAGUAUUCAGAGAAAUAUGCAGGCACCUACAGCGGUGGAAACAAGCGCAAACUCUCCACUGCAAUGGCCCUCAUUGGGGGGCCUCCUGUGGUAUUUCUGGAUGAGCCAACCACAGGAAUGGACCCCAAGGCGCGCCGUUUCCUGUGGAACUGUGCCUUGAGUGUCAUCAAGGAGGGAAGGUCUGUGGUUCUUACAUCUCACAGCAUGGAAGAAUGUGAGGCUCUGUGUACUCGAAUGGCAAUCAUGGUCAAUGGACGAUUCAGAUGCCUUGGCAGUGUCCAGCACCUAAAGAACAGAUUUGGAGAUGGCUACACAAUAAUAGUGCGAAUAGCUGGGGCAAACCCUAACCUGAAACCUGUUCAAGACUUCUUUGCGCUGGCCUUUCCAGGCAGUGUGCUAAAGGAGAAGCAUCGCAACAUGCUGCAGUAUCAACUCCCGUCCUCUCCAUCUUCUCUGGCUAGAAUAUUUAGCAUCCUCUCCCAGAACAAGAAAAGACUCCACAUAGAAGAUUACUCCGUUUCCCAGACCACACUUGACCAAGUAUUUGUAAACUUUGCAAAGGACCAAAGUGAUGACGACCACACAAAGGACUUGUCAUUGCACAAAAACCAGACUGUUGUAGAUGUUGCAAUGCUGACUUCCUUUUUGCAAGAUGAGAAGGUGAAAGAAAGCUAUGUAUGAGCAACCAUAUUGAGAAAGGUGCUACAUCAAUACUGAACAGAAGGGAGACAUUCAUCCAUUCUGUGGCAUAGGGGGUUCUUCCCAAGAGCAAAGAGACAGAGGAUACAGAGAGGAAGAGAAUAAACUGGAUGUUCUACAAUUCAAUGCAAUGCAAUUCAAUGCAAAGAAAACAAAAUUCCAUUACAGAGGCAGUGCCUCUCGAAGAUGUUGCCUUGUUGUACUGUUCUCUAGUGAAAGACUUGAAUCUAGUUGUUCUUACAUUAUAACUCUGUGAAAUUCUAGUAUGGUGGCACAUACUGUUAUGUGGUCCUUCUGCCGUACUUCCACUUGUUUCUACUUACCUGUUUUUGGUUAGAGGUCAUGUGACAAGAUUUGAGCAGAUUCUUGGCCAGUGAUUAUUUAUUUGCCAUGUUAAGGUGUGCACAGCCCUUCCAUGGGAUGAGUGGGGUUGUCUGAGUGCUAUAUCCAUUGCUGGCAAUGAAUGCACCAAUAUAACCAGUAUCAAGCAACCAUCACACAGUGCAUCGCUGUGCAGCCUUAUUUAAGUGUUAGCUGUUGGCCUGGUUAACGUACGCAAGCUGAAGGGGACAUGUAUUAAGACCAUUGGCGGUUUUAACGGAGGGCCAGGAGGCACAUCCUCUCAAAACAUAUAUUCACUUAACUCAGUGUUUCUUAGGGUGGUGUAGCAGAAUCAACCAUCAGCCAUACAAACAUUUGGGAGGAUUUCUGUCCCAACAGUACAGUGGCCAAUUUGCUUAUUUCUACAUGAUGCUUUUUGUGAAGCUGUCACUGUUUUCAGUUUUUGUUACUUAAGACUCAUUUUAGCUAGGUCUUUUUUGUUUGCAACAGUAUUACUUCUAGAUGUGAAUCAGCAAUGUGUAUGUGGUGAUCUGGACCUGUUGACUUAUUUCAGCAUCCCCACCUUUCUAACAAUCACUUUUCAUAUCAUGUCUAAGUUGCCACUCUGAUUACACUAAAGAUCUAGAUGUACUUAGUAUCAUUUGUGUAACUUAGGUUUUUUAUGAUCUUGCAAUCAUCACUACCCCCUUUUCAGUGAAUGUGAACUUCACAGUGUAGUUUUCCAACCCAAGUUGCCAAAUCAUAAGAUGUCCACCUCUUACCUUGCAUGGCAGAUGCUAUCCUUUAAGCCUGUAACUGAAGACGGAGAUAAAUCUCCUCCCACUCCCAUUCUUUUUACAGACCUGUCCUCUCACUUAUUGUGCAUCACUCCCCUUGCUCUCUCUUCUACUUCGAGAGGAGAUUGCAGGGAAACAUUCAAGAGUCAGAAGUCAAGAUGGGCAGCCCAGGAAAGAGAUUAACAGAAUGCAUUAAUUUAAAAAUAUCACUUGCAAAAUAAUUUCUUACUUGGGGAACAGAGCCCUCUUUAAAACUACGCACAAAUAGUUAACCAAAGCUGGGAGAAAUUAGGGCUCUGAAUGUGCCUCUUUGUGGCAUUCGAUGAGUACCUUAACAGCAACAGAAGGCUUUUUGUCAGCAACUUCAGCAAGGACUCAAUUUGUGACGUCUCUCCCCCAAACCAGGAACAAUCCUGAGAAGGAUUAGUAGGGCAGGAAUAGGCUGCAAAAAGAAAAAGGAAAAAAAGGCCAGGGUGUGUGUUCCAGGCCUAGAAUUUACCUACCCAAUAUAGAGGGUUGAGUUCAAGUUCCCACCUUUUUCUGUGGGAAAGAUUUAAAUUCAUGUUUGACUUUUUCGUUUGAAAUAAUGGCUCUUAGAAAAGCUUCUCAGUUGGACUGGGAAUCCAGUCCAUCCGAUCCCACACUGAACACUAGUGCUGUAUAUAUACAACAGUUUCCUCAAAAUUUGUAAUGCCACUUUAUACAGGGUUUCUUAUGUGUUGGACAUGGGUUAGCCAAAAUUAUCUUCAGUGCUUUAAGUAUGGUAAGAUAAAAACCACUGAUUAUGGAACUGUGUUGAGAACAUUUACCACUUUAGUACAUAUGGGGUGAGGUUGCUGCAGCCUUGUACAGCAUUUUUAUUGCUGUAGAGGCUCUUUUCCUAUAAAUACUUUUUCUAUAGAAUACUUAAUGGAAAGCCUGUGUUACCAUACUCUUCGUUCUACCCAUUACUGUCUUCCCUCCCUUUAAAAUGAUUGAUCCUUCAUUCCAAGCACUUUAUGCUAGCUGUAAUGGGAUCUAUUUUUGCACUGGAGUAGCUUGUUAACUUUGCAAAAUCUGGAGCAGUUUCACACACACAAUUUUUUUUAAGUUAAAAAUCUUUCAAUGGACAUUUUCAUGAAAAACAAAUAUAUAUUUGUAUUGCUAAUAAACUAUUUGUGAAAUAUUAA